AAGGACGUGUCACACUAAUGCAGAGCCGUAAUGAUGUCAACUUGUUAUUUACUUUCCAAAUCUGAAUGACUGAGCAAGCCGAAGGGAGAAUUAAUCAGCCACAAUGUGACCGCGCAGGCGAAAAAAACACGGAGCUCUCAACGCGCAAGGGGUUCGUGGGGGAAGGGAAGUCGGCACAGAGGCCAAAUACAAGGUCACUGACUGUGCCUUCUGUCUCCCAAAGUAUCUCUUUCAACUGCACUCUGCAAUCGCCCGUAGCUCGAGCAUCUGAAAGAAGAAAAAAAAACUCCAGCAAUAAAUAAUAAAGAAACACCCUCCUAUUUCCUCACCGACUGGUGUCUGCUACAUCAACCGACAUCAAAGCCCGGUACUUCCCUCAUUCUGUGCCCUCCCCUCCCCCUCUCCCCAGUGGAUUACGGGUAGCCUGGAUUACUGGGGAAUCCAACACUGAGCCGCAGCAAGUGAUCGGUAUGGAAGGAAAGUCUGUACCGGCUUUCUGAAGUUGGGGAGCCGUUUCCUCUUGCAAGUGGAAGCGGAGGCGUUGAGAACCCGAGGCACACUCUCUCGUUAAGAGUGAGCCACGCCAUCAAACAGACCUCUUACACUGAGGCAGGCUAAGAUGAGUAUAACCAGUGAUGAGGUGAACUUCUUGGUUUACAGAUACCUCCAGGAAUCAGGUUUCUCUCAUUCCGCGUUCACCUUUGGGAUUGAGAGUCACAUCAGCCAGUCAAACAUCAAUGGAGCACUAGUGCCCCCUGCUGCCCUCAUCUCAAUCCUGCAGAAGGGCCUUCAGUAUGUGGAAGCUGAGAUCAGCAUCAAUGAGGAUGGCACGGUGUUUGAUGGGCGGCCGAUUGAGUCGCUGUCGCUCAUUGAUGCCGUGAUGCCAGACGUGGUGCAGAUGCGCCAGCAGGCAUUCCGCGAGAAGCUGAUCCAGCAGCAGCAGCAAGUGGUGGCGGUGGGCGCCAUGGUGACAGCCCCCAUGACGACGGCCCCUACAGUGACAGCCCCAGCUUCCAACCAGCAGAACACAGCUAAGAACGGGGAGACCACCAUUAAUGGGGACGAGAACAGCAGCCAUAUCAUGAAUAACCACAUGGAAUCAAUGGAGGUCGAUGUGGACGUCGAGAUCCCGGCCAGCAAAGCCACGGUCCUGAGGGGACAUGAAUCGGAAGUAUUCAUCUGUGCCUGGAACCCCGUCAGUGACCUGCUAGCCUCUGGCUCAGGCGACUCCACAGCCCGCAUCUGGAACCUGAACGAGAGCUGCAUCAGCAGCUCCACCCAACUGGUGCUCAGACACUGUAUCCGGGAGGGGGGCCAGGAUGUCCCCAGCAACAAGGAUGUCACUUCCCUGGACUGGAAUAGUGAUGGGACCCUUUUAGCGACUGGAUCAUAUGAUGGUUUUGCAAGAAUAUGGACAAAAGAUGGUAAUCUGGCUGGCACUUUAGGGCAGCACAAAGGUCCAAUAUUCGCACUGAAGUGGAACAAGAAAGGAAACUGCAUUCUCAGUGCUGGAGUAGACAAGACGACAAUCAUCUGGGACGCACACACAGGAGAGGCCAAGCAGCAGUUCCCUUUUCACUCAGCUCCCGCCCUGGAUGUUGACUGGCAGAACAACACCACCUUUGCUUCAUGCAGCACAGAUAUGUGCAUCCAUGUGUGUCGUCUCGGCAAUGACCGGCCCCUUAAAACCUUCCAGGGUCAUACGAAUGAAGUGAAUGCCAUCAAAUGGGACCCAUCUGGCUUGCUGCUGGCGUCCUGCUCGGACGACAUGACCCUGAAGAUAUGGAGUAUGAAGCAGGAGUCAUGUGUGCAUGAUCUACAAGCCCACAGUAAAGAGAUCUACACCAUUAAGUGGAGUCCCACUGGGCCUGGCACCAGCAAUCCCAACUCUAACAUCAUGCUCGCCAGUGCUUCCUUUGACUCAACUGUGCGUCUGUGGGAUGUGGAGCGUGGCAUCUGCAUCCAUACCCUCACCAAGCACCAAGAGCCUGUCUACAGUGUGGCCUUCAGCCCUGACGGACGCUUUCUGGCUAGCGGCUCUUUUGACAAGUGUGUCCACAUCUGGAGUACAUUGAGCGGAGAUUUGGUUCACAGCUAUAGAGGGACAGGGGGCAUCUUUGAAGUUUGCUGGAACAGCACAGGGGACAAAGUUGGAGCUAGUGCAUCCGAUGGAUCGGUUUGUGUUCUGAAUCUUUGGAAAUAGCAUCUAUGCUAUGAAGAUGGAUGAAGACUUUGAAGAUGGAUCAUGGUUGGUGUCUUACAGUGUCUCCUGGAAGUCUUGGUGGUUUCAGACGUUGAAACGGUGGAACUUUCAACAAUAGUCUGAAAGAGCCUUUUCCUUAGCAGAGCAGGCUACACUAUGGGAUGGGUGCCCCUGCUGGGAUGGAAGCUGAAGAACAGCGCUGAAUUCAAAAUGGCUGUGCCAAAAAAUAAUAAUAAUCUGAAAUCAAAUUCAUCAAACCAAAACAAAGUGAGCCCCUCUGAAGACCCGAUAUGCAGCAGCCUUUCAUCUGGAUGCUAGAGUGCAAGUGAGUGAGUGAGCCGCACCAACCCAUUGGCGGUCUGAUGGGGCCGUCCCUGCUGGAGAAGAACGAGUGACCAAAGUGAAGCGUGGUCUUCACAUGAGACAGCAGCAGGUCCCAUCUCUCCCGUUACACAAAAAGGGAAGGGUGCUUCAUUAUUUUUUUGGUGGACCACCUGCUGGUGCUUACGCCCAGAAUUUUUUAAAAGUCCAGCAGCAUCUUCACACCACCCUUUUUCAGGACGCAGUGUUAUAUUCUCAAAAUGGUUCUUUCGCUUUUUCCCUCCAUUUACGCUUUAAACUCCUGGACUUGUGUUAGCUGCAAAAGGCAGGUGUUUUUUUGGGGGAUUAUUCUGCAUCUUAAUUUUCUCACAUACAAAAUGGCAAAGACUAACUCAAUUCAAAUGUUAUGUGCUAAUAGUAAUAAUAAAUAUGUAUAUAUAACUUUUAUGGACAUCUGCAUUGACAGAGUGGUUCACAUAUACUCUAUGGAUUUAAAUUUUAAUGAAUGUAAAGAUUUGUAAAUUAGGUAAAAGCUGAUUUAUAUACUGUGUAUAUGUGGUUAUAUGCAGUACAGAUACUCGUCUCCACCUGGACCCCUGGGACCCAGAUAUGUUGUCCCACCUGCCUUUGCACAUGAUAGUGCUAAAAUUUUUCAAAUUGCUUCUGGUUUUCUGUAAAUUCUAUUUUUACUCCUCAGUGGAUUUGUAUCGUGGUGGUGAACAGCCCAGAGCUGGUUAUCAUGGAAAUGCAGGGCAGGUGUCCCACCCUGGUCUUAUUAAAACACAUGCUAACCAAUCCUGAAGGUACCACAGCACCCACAUCCUCACCUUUUUGCUUUUUAUUCCAUCUCUGCCCUUAAUAUAAACUGAAAUCACAUUUUUUUUCUUCCCCAAACGUAUAAUGUCAGUGAAUGAAAAUGUAAGCUUGUCUUUCCCAGCCUUCUAAUAACUGUUACUGUCUAUCACUGUAUAAGGCUACCGACUCGAGUUUGUGUAGCAUUUUCACUGCAUAGUUCUUCUUUACCUUGUGACCCUGCACUGGCUGGAUGGAUGUUCCUGUUUGCUGAGGUAGCACUGAUACUCAGUCACUGGCCAGUCGCUUCAGCCAGUGACUUGGAGACCUGGCUGUGAUCUCUAAAGCUUCGGUGCUUUCAGGAAGCUCCCUUAGUACUUUCCUGUUUGUGAAUUUUCCUCUGACAGCUGUGUUCUGGGGAAGCACAUCACCAUUGCAUGCUUUUAGUUUAGUUUGCGGUCCUUUUUAUCCAGUAAACCCUGCACUGAGGCCUAUCUGGGCACAUAGGCAGUACAAAGGGAUAUUCCAUCCCAUUUAUUUUUUUUAAAUUAUUUUUUCUAGCAGUGGUUCCGGAACCAGGUAGGUUUGUGGGGGUCAUUUUGUGUGGUAGUUUUUGCCAACCUAUUUUUUUAUUUGAAAACGAUUAAGCUGUCUGUUGUAAUUAUGAUUGAGCGCUGAACAUUCUGCUUUUUUUCUUUUCUUGAAUGAAAAUUCUGGAAGUCUUUGAGAAUUACCUUAAUAUCAAGCAAUUGGACAGUUAUUUAAUCACGUUAAAUUAAUUUGGGCUAUUGUUUGGGGAGUACAAACUGACCACAGUUAGUUCAGUCUGGGCAAUGUUUAUGAGCUGAACCCAGGUAGAAAAGAAGAAGAAUAUCCAUAUAUAUAUAUAUAUAUAUAUAUAUAUAUAUAUUAUAUGAUUAGAAAAAUCCAGCACACUCCAUUCUCCCCCGGGUCUGUGCUCAAGAACGUGAGUUUAGAUCAAUGCAUAAGCCCUUUGUCAAACAUUAGCUUAUGUUUUGUCCUACUGGCAAAGACCAAUAAUCCUUUGGCAGUAUUUGCUGACUCUCAUGCCCAGAUAUUGGGCCACAGUUUCUGCUGUGAUACUUUGUGUCUGACUGAAGUUCAUUCUCUAAGAAUCCUAUGCUGAGCAGGUGCUACACUGGCUUUUCUGUCCUCAAUACAAGGUUGCGACGUAAGUCAAGUUCACUGUCUCUAAUAAAAUUUCUAUUUUGAUAUUAGAAAAGGUGUCUCAGUCUCU